ACCAGGGGGAGGUGGUGCUACAGCGCAGAAGGCGCUAACCCUGCGCAAUCUAUAUCAUACCUGUUUGUUACCAGUUGUUAUGGAUAAAUGUGGAGAAAGAGGUGAGCGCGCACUGAUCUGUUCGACUCAAACACGUCUGCAGUCAGAUCGGUGAUGCUCCGGUGGAGGUGCUGAAGGAUCAGUGUUGGAGUCGCCAGCAGUGCGCUUCAGCUGGACACAAGAUCUGGAGGACUGGUCGUAUCAUUUUCUUAAAGUUUGCUGCUUUUUUUGCAUUUGUUUUUAAAAGUGGAACGUCUUAAUUAUAAGUGCACUCGGAGUAGUUUGCAUUGUGGUUUUCGUCUUUCUUUAUUAAUAAGGGAGAAAGCGUGCGCAUCGGACAGAUAUGUUUUCUCUCCGUGGAAGUUUCGCCCCGCGCCCGCUCUCCUAAACGCUCAUCCGUGCAUUUUAUUCAUUACACUUUAUCUGAACUCUGCUGGAGGCUGAAAACGAAAUGGCCAGCGAGCGGAAACCACGGCUUUGUGUCAUGACAAAAGCGGAGAACGGGUAUGGAUUUCACUUGCACGGCGAGAAAGGAAAGAGCGGACAAUUCAUCCGUAAGGUGGAGAGCGGCUCCCCUGCUGAAGCGGCGGGGCUGCGCGCCGGGGACCGUGUGGUUGAAGUGAAUGGGGUCAACGUGGAGAAAGAAACACAUCACCAGGUGGUACAGCGGAUCAAAGCCGUGGACAACAAGACCCGGUUGCUGGUGGUGGACCAGGAGACACAUGAAGGUCUGCGCAGCCUCCGCCUCACAGCCACAGAGGAGAUGGCCUUCCUGGUGGUGGGGCAUCCAUCCUCCUCCUCCCCUCCCCCAGCCUCCCCCUCACCGCCCCCGCCGUCAGUCCCGUCCUCCCCCAGCAAGAAGCGGGAGAACGGCUCUGUGUCCAAGCAGCCGGUCACACUGAGCAGCCAGGUGCAGAAGCCCACCAGGAGGUCACCGUCGAAGGCCGCGAAGAAGGAGGCUCUCUCCCAGGCUGAAGCCCAGGUCCAAUCCCAGUCACGGCCCCCAGUCAACCCGUCCGAGCUCACUCCGCGUCUGUGCCACCUGAUGCGCUCUGACGCGGGCUACGGCUUCAACCUCCACAGUGACCGAUCCAGGCCCGGACAGUACAUCCGCUCCCUGGACCCAGGAUCCACUGCAGACCACGCCGGGCUUCGGCCACAAGACCGAUUGAUAGAGGUAAAUGGUGUGAACAUCGAGGGUAUGCGGCAUGCAGAGGUGGUGGCCUUCAUAAAGAAAGGGGGAGAUGAGACCUGGCUGUUGGUGGUGGACCCAGAAACAGACGAGCACUUCAAGAGGAGAGGGAUCGCCCCUGCGGUCAGCCAUCUCAGAGACUAUGACGGUCCGUCUAUAUCCAACGGCUCGCCCAACCCUCAGAUCAACGGCAGCUCCACCACACAGUCCAUCAGGUCCACACAGUCCGACCUCAGCAGCCAGGGCAACAGCACACAGCUGGCGGACGAUGAUGGCGGCCGGCUGGUGGACCCUUUCGCUGAGAUGGGCCUGAGUUUGAGCGCUACGGCAGCAGAAGAAAAGUUAAAGGUCCAUGCCAAAGAAAAGAAGAAGGCACCACAGAUGGACUGGAUGAAGAAAUAUGAGCUGUUCAGCAACUUCUGAGACCCCCAAGGACACUACAAACACCAGAAAUCUGAGCUCUCUGCCACCCUCUGCGAGGACGAGAAAAACACAAUACCCCCCCCCAUACAACAGAAGAUAUUUUGUUCCUGGAAUUAAAUGGGACAAAAGAAAAAAGUUGUACUCUGGAUUUAACAUUUAACAGCUUAUUUUCCCUCUUGAAAGCACGACAUGUGCUUUCUGACUGCAAAAACUGUGAAUACUUUGCGAAAAACGACACUGUUCAGAAGGAGGAUCAUCUUUAAAAGCAUCAUGGACUUGUGUCAGGUGGGAGUGUUACAAACAAGUUUCCACACAUUUACCCAAAUCCUCUCUACAUUAACCUUCCUAUUCUCCCUAUGUACGAGACUUGUUUCAAUCUAAUGAGGGACAAAAUUAUUUUUAUAUUUAAAAAGUAUAAGCAACUAUUAGAAAAAAACUAUCCCAUCAUCAUGGACUGCAUUUAAAAAGUUUUAUGGACACUGUGACAAUAAUGAUUGUGGACAUUGUGGGAGUUUUGUCCCAUGAGUCAGAGGAAUUCCAAAGUUGGCAGAAGAUCACUGUGAAAGAGUUGAGACCCUCCACCUCCAGCCCACGCGGAUGUUGGAUAAUAAUCCCCCACAAAGAAAAGGAUGGCAGUGUGCACUGGUUGUGUGUGAUGUCUCCGACAAGUAACUUUACUUUUACAUUGAGUUCAUUAACUGAUCAUCAGAUCAGCCCUGCUUUAUUUAAAGAAUAGUUCAUGUCACUUGUUACUUAGCACUCUUAAUAAUGUAUUACCACUAACCUCUUCUCCGAAAGUGCUGCAGCGUACAUGUGCAUAACAAAGGGACGCACCACUAACAAGAGAUGUAUUGAUGAAGUGAACAUGAAAAGCGGAACGUAGAAGAAAGGAAUGUUUUCUCAGGAUGGUGAAGGCUUGAUGUGUACAGUGCAUCCGGAAAGUAUUCACAGCGCUUCACUUUUUCCACAUUUUGUUAUGUUACAGCCUUAUUCCAAAAUGGAUUCAAUUAAUUAUUUUCCUCAA